UGUGUUUGGGAUAAGCCGGUGGCGGUAACUACGACAGCACGAAGGCUGCCAGCCGUUUGUUAUUACCGCCUAAAAACCUGACUAGUGGGCAUGUCGCGCAUAACCGCUUCAUCAACAGCACCUCGCUGAUCACGUCAACAUGAGCGCGCCGAACAAGUCUUCAGAGAAAAGAAACGGCCCCAAAAAUAAGCUUGAUAAGCUUUUAAAGGAGAGAAAAUGCACAUUUCCCCUUCUGAUCAAGACAUCACGACCAGAGGCCUUUCCUCACCCUCACAGGCUCCCAGCAGAAGGCAACCGUAUUGGAACAAAUCGGCCCUGCUCACAGAAGUUCAAUUCCAGUGUGGGGACUCUGCCUCAGCUCGAGCCACCAGUGGUCCAGGUGAUGGUUAGCAAUGCCAAAAACCAGCAGCAGCAGUCAGACAGUAUCUUGCCCCAAAUUGCCAACAAAGGGGGUCCAAACAACUAUCAGACACAAUCGGAUGAGAGGCCAAAGCCCGCUCAGCAGUUCACCACACGGUUUGGUACAACAGUCGAUAAAGCAGCAGUGUCUCGCAACAGCAGGAUUUUCAUCAACAAGCUGGAGAAAGAGAAAGCAUACGAGGGUCAAAAGUUACCCAUGUCACCUAUAGAAGCAUUGAAGAACUUCCAGGAUCGGCUGACGGAGUUUGAAAAGGAAGAAAUCAUGGAUUAUUCUGAGAUCUGGUUCCUUGGUUUGGGUUCCCAGAAAAUCGAGGGUUCCCAAGGAGCUCCACAGAACUCAGGAUACGAUGAUGAACACGGAAGCUACAUCAGGGUGUUGCAUGACCACAUUGCCUACAGGUUCGAAGUGCUGGAAGUGAUUGGGAAAGGCUCCUUCGGGCAGGUCCUAAAAUGCCUGGAUCACAAGAACAAUGAACUUGUAGCCAUAAAGAUAAUCCGCAAUAAGAAAAGGUUUCAUCACCAGGCUCUCGUGGAGCUGAAGAUCCUGGAUGUGAUAAAGAGGAAAGACAAAGACAACCUCCACAAUGUCAUCCACAUGAAGGAGUACUUCUACUUCCGAAAUCACCUUUGCAUCUCCUUUGAGCUUCUGGGGGUGAACUUGUACGAGCUCAUAAAAAAAAACAACUUCCAGGGCUUCAGCCUCGCCCUUAUCCGGCGUUUCGCUCAUGCACUUCUGAGGUGCCUGCAGAUGCUGCACAGGGAGAAGAUAAUCCACUGCGACCUCAAACCGGAGAACAUCCUUCUCUCUCAAAGAGGGCCAGGCAACAUCAAGGUGGUUGACUUUGGCUCAAGCUGCUAUGAACAACAAAGAGUGUACACAUAUAUCCAGAGUCGCUUCUACCGCUCUCCAGAGGUCAUCCUGGGUCACCCUUACAGUAUGGCCAUUGAUAUGUGGAGCCUGGGCUGCAUCCUAGCUGAGCUUUACACAGGCUAUCCUCUCUUCCCUGGAGAGAGUGAAGUGGAGCAGAUAGCUUGCAUAAUGGAGGUCCUUGGAAUGCCUCCAAAUGAUUUUGUUCAGUCAGCAUCGAGAAGGAGGUUGUUUUUUGACUCUAAAGGAAACCCAAGAAAUAUCACUAACAGCAAGGGGAAGAAACGGAGACCCAGUUCCAAAGAGCUUUCAGCUGUGCUGAAAACGAAUGAUGCUGUCUUCUUAGACUUCAUCAAACGCUGCCUCAGCUGGGAUCCAAGUAAGCGCAUGACUCCUGAUGAGGGGUUACAGCAUGAGUGGAUCCUACAAGGAAAUUUCAACAAAGUCCGGACCAGAACCAAGCCUGCAGCCAAGAAGACAUCAGACAGUUCGACCAGCACAGACAAACAAGCUAACAGCCAUCCUGAGAAGGUCAGCUCGGAAAGCAACAGCAGCGACAAGCUGAAGAGAGACAGUUCAGAAACCGGAACAAAGAUGGCUCCCGCAGAGCGUCUGCGUCCCAUUGGGGCCUCGGCAGAAGAGGAGGUGUGUGAAAGUGAAGGCAAGCUGUCCACAGAUACCAAGCAACAGGAAUGCAGCGGAGAAAGGCCCAUACACAUCAUCAUCAAACCUCAAGAGGAAGAUGACACAGAGAGGAAAGAUAUUCAGGAGCCAUCUCAGGAUUUGUCACCUGCUGUCUAACAAACGGAGAUAAACAUGCUACAAUCAUGACAAAUGGGAACAGAGAACAUUCAAAUAACACGAUUGAGAAAGCUGAUUUUGAAAACCCUGCACAUUCACAAAGUCAGUGAAACGUUACCACUGAUAGUAACAGAAAUGUGUGAUUUACACUCACACACAGAAAACGUCUCCGUUUCCACGUGCUGUGUAUAAAACACUGAUGUAUGGAGUAGAAACAACAAUCAACAGCAAAGACAGACAUCUUUUUUAUUGUUUAAACUAUUCAGUCGUAGUGUAUUAUCGUUUGUUUGGUGAAUCUUUGAGUUUUUAUGACAGUGAAGUCAGUCAACCAGUUGCAUUUUUGAAUGAAGUUGAGAUGCAGUUGUUAGUUUGUCUAAAUGUGUCACAAACUGUCUGCCACACAACAAUGUACAGAUGGUACAGCAUAAACUCUCUUACUGUUUAUGAACCCCAAAAAUCUUUGCUGUGCAUUGAAAAUCUCAGAUGAGCUGAUGUAAAAAGAAAAGAACAUUGUAGAAAAAAAGAUCUGAAGAACUGUGUGGUGCAAUAAAGGCUGAGCCAAAUGUUUUCUUUUUUCAGUUGUGAUAUUCAAGAAAUAUUUCUCAUGUACAUUUUAAUUAUAGUAUGAAGUCAAUGACUUACUGAUUAUUAAUUACUUUAUUGCUAUUUAUUGUGGAAUAUAUUUGACCCUUUGUUUCAUAUUUGUUUAGCAGUUUAAUUCAACAAACAUUAAAGAUUUGUAAUAGAAUUUACUGUAUAUAUAUAUAAAUAUAUGUUUCAGCUGUAAUUUCUUAUACAUGUCAACCACAGACCAUAUUAUGAGAAAAUAUUUCAGACACUUGUGGGGGACUUAGACAAGGUUUUACUUGUUGUCUUGUUACUGUAUGAAGAAAUUUUGUAUGUCUGUGUUAUUACCAACAUUUUUUAUAUUAGAUACAAAAAGACAAUCCUAUUAUUGAUAGUUUGUGCCUUGCAGUAUUAGAAAUCUUGCACUUUAAUAUUGUGUGUGUACACCUGAAAUUGCUGAAUUCUUACUCAAAUUUGAUUUAACCUGCCAGGAUCCUUUUUAUUUUAUAAGAUCUUAUAUCUUAUAUAAUGUUACAGAAGAAAUUGAAAAAAACUUGGAUUUUAUAAGUUUUUUGUUUGUUUGAUUGUUUGUUUUGGGGUUUUUUUAGUCAUAAAAGAUCUGACAUAAAUUGCAGAUGAGCCCGUGCCCUCGCUUUGUGUUCGCUAAGAAGGCAGAUAUGCUGAAAUAAAGGAUUGUAGCUGAAAUAAGAAAAGUCCUGAGAAAUCAUUUUUAUGACUUUUAUGAUGGAAUAAAAGACGAGAAAAAAGCUGUUUCAGAAA